AAGGGUUUUAUUUAUGUACUUCAAAUAAAAAAGAGAAACACAACUAAAAAGAUAAAGUGAAAGAAAAAUGAAUGAAAAGGAGUGACAAAAGCGAAGAGAAGUACAAAUAACAUGACAUAUACACUCACAUGGAGGAGUAUAGAGAGAGAAACAAAGGGAAGGAAAGAGAAAAGAGUGUGGGUGUUUUUUAACCAUUGCCAUCUGGUAUACUGUGGAGCAAUAUACAGCCUCUUCAGUUUUAAAAAUGGGGCUUGGGUCCUUUGUAUUUUAAGCUGACGAAGCCAAAGGGAAAAAGAAAGAAGAAAAACCCCAUUUUUCUGCCCUAUAUUAAGAUUCUCUCUUUUUUUUGAGACGAACCCAUUUCAGUUUUUCAGUUCUUUAACCCUAAAUUAAAGUUUGUUCCUUGAUCUACUUUUGCAUGUUGAUCAGAACAUGCAUUAUAAAGAUUGUGCAAAGUGGAAUUGCAUUUAGUGGAGAUGUCGUUCAGUGCAGAUAUUGAAGAUCUGCAUGAUGAUGGUUUUGAAGGGUCACAUGAUGAGCACAGUAUUUUUACAGAGGUUUUCUUUGGAGAUGAUACUGGCAGCGCCAGUAAAAGGUGUCUUGUUACUGGAGUUAUUAAUUUUGAAUGUGAACGUACCAAGAAUCCUGAUACAUCACUGUGUUCGAACAGUGCAGCCUCAGCUGUAACAAGCCGAUCUUGCUCAAAAAAUUUAUAUCAGGAAGAUACUAAUGCAGUAAAUGAGAGUUAUGGUGGGGUUUCUGCAUCAGGGAGCAUUCCUGAAAGACUUGCUUUGGCAGAGAGAGAUGACCAGAAUGUGAAUGUCAAGCGAAUGAAGUUUUCCACUGGUGAAGUUUCUUGGUGUAAAGCACAAAAGAAAAAGGAUUUGAAUGCACGAUUGCAGAAGAAGAAAAUUGUUAGUGACUUGUCCAUGAUACCGACAGAUUCUCUUUGCCCAGUGGUUACGCUUCAUUUAGUUGAAUCAUCUUCUCAGGGCUUUACAUCUAGUUGUUAUCUGUUGAAGCAGCAUGUUGAAAUGAACAGAGGUGCUGAAAUGGAAGAUGUGGAUGUUACUAAGUCCAGAAUACAAGACUCAGGUGCAAGUGAAAGAAAAGAAGUGGUAGUAGGUAAAGCUAUAGCUUCACCUGUCUCGCAGGAGAGUUUUGCAUCUAAGCUUGUGGUUUCAAGUCCUGCAACUGCUGUGGAGAAGUCCGAGUCUCCUUUAUGUUCUGAGGAAAGACUUAGUGGAUUUCAAUCUUUUGGAGUGGACGAUUCUAAUAUUUCUGGGGCAAUAGAGUCUAAGAAGGAUCCUCGUCCUCUUCUUCAAAGCCAUGUUUUUCACAUACUAAAAGGAGCAGGCUGGUCUAUUGAGAGGCGUAAAAGACCCAGUAGGAGUUAUAUGGAUACAGUUUAUAGAUCACCUGAGGGGAGGCUAUUUCGUGAAUUCCCUAAAGUUUGGAGAUUUUGUGGUCAGGUUUUGUUGGCUGAUAGAUACAACUUCAUGCUGGAAAAUGAUGGUAAGAAAUGGACUGACAUGAGCCAGUUCUGGUCUGAUCUAUUAGAUGCCUUGAUGAAUAUUCAGAAAGAAGUUAACCAAGCAAACCUUUCUAAUGCAUUGGCUCAGCAUUGGACUCUAUUGGAUCCGUUUGUAACUGUUGUAUUUAUUAAUAGAAAGAUUGGUUCAUUAAGGAAGGGAGAUGAGGUUAAAGCAGGAAGAAGUUUAGUUAUUGAAAGUAACAAGAAAAAUGAUGCUCCUUUGGCACAGAGAAAAAAAAUUACUAUGGGAACAUUCUGUUCUCAGGGACAUGUGCCAACUCAGCUUUGUGAUUCUUCUCUGGUUGCUAAAAGCUCAUUGACAGCUUCCGAGAGGAGUUAUGAUUCCUGUGAUGAGCUAUCUGGCGAUGGAACUUUGUCAAAAUUCUAUGGUAAAAUGCGUAGUGGGGCUGUAAAAUGUCUGAAAGAUGUAUCUAUUUAUAUGGCUGACCAAGAAGGAUCAUGUUUGGUAGAUACUGCCGACAGGUCAGAAACUUUUGGUUGUGAGGUCAAAGGUUUGCAUAUGGCUUUGUCACAUGCUUGUGGGUCGGAUGGCACCUGUGGCCAUCUACGUAGUUUUAAGUGUAUUGACCAUGUUGCUUCUGGAGAUGUUACCUACACACUUCAGGGUUCUGAAUCUGCUUCCCCUCACCAAGAUAGCAACACAAGUUCUCCACGCUCUGAUAAACAAAUUUCUGAAUGUAAUGUAGAAACUCUUAGUCAGGUUCCAGGAGAUGUAUCAUUUGAUUCUCUGGAGGAAAAAGAUAAAACAUCUGGAGCUCCGGAUGCUGGCGAGGGAAAUCUUCCACAGCAUGCACUGGAUUACCAACCAAGCUACCCUAGUGUUAGCCUGAUUCAGUCUGGGAAUGGUGAAGACCAGUUCAAGAAGUCUGCUGAAGUUCUGAAGUUUGAAACAAAGGAUAAAAAUUGUGCACAAGAUGUUAUUUUGAAAAAGAAGGCACGCAGGAGAUCUAGAAAGAUAUCCGAAAUUAGAUUGACCACUUUAUAUCAAAGUGAUUUUCUAUGUUCUUAUAGUCCUGAUACAAAUGGACAACAAGAUAUUGACACAUGCCAGGCUGAAUUAAAUUCAAAAAAGGUCCAAGAAUCCUUUGUAACCAAGGGAAACCUACAAAAGUCCUCAUCUCUUGGCUCUUGCCUACAUCAAGUGGAGAAAAAGGGCUUGAAGUUUAAGAGGAUUUGUGGCAAUCUUGAUGGUUCUAAAAAUAGACAAAAGAAAUCAACUAAACGCCAAAUUCAAGAUGAUGACCUGUUGGUUUCUGCAAUAAUAAGAAACAAAGACUUAAGCUUGGGUGCUACCAGAUCUAAAUUGAAGGCCCCCAAGAUAAGAUCUUGGAACAAGCUCAAGAGAAAGAAGGGCCACUGCAAGUUGCUUCCUCAAGGAACGGGUAAAGGAGUGAAGCAUAUUACUGAAAUUAAUUUGUUUAAUUUUGGAUCCAGAACAGUGCUCUCAUGGUUGAUCCUAGCUGGGGUCAUUUCUCUGAAUGAUGUUAUUCAAUAUCGAAACCCUAAGGAUGAUUCUAUCAUUAAAGAUGGUUUUGUUUCCUGGCAUGGAAUAACCUGCAAGUGUUGCAACAGGGUGCUAUCAGUUUCUGAAUUUAAGAUUCAUGCUGGAUUCAAGUUUAGCCGUCCCUGCUUGAAUCUUUUCAUGGAAUCUGGUAAGCCUUUCACUUUAUGUCAGCUGCAAGCAUGGUCUGCUGAGUACAAGAUCAGAAAAUAUGGGACCCAGAAGGUGGAAACUGACAAAAAUGAUCAAAAUGAUGAUUCUUGUGGUCUAUGUGGGGAUGGUGGUGAACUGAUUUGUUGUGACAACUGCCCUUCUGCUUUUCAUCUGGCUUGCCUGUCUAUGCAGGAACUACCUGAGGGCAAUUGGUAUUGCUCAAAUUGCACUUGUUGGAUAUGUGGGAAUUUUGUUAAUGAUAAAGAGGCUUCAAGUAUGUGUGAUGCAUUCAAAUGUUCUCAGUGUGAGCACAAAUAUCAUAAGGAAUGCCUGAAUAAUAAAAGUCAGUUUGAAGAAAAGGUUUCUGAUACUUGGUUUUGUGGGGGAAGCUGUGAGGAGCUGCACUCAGGUCUUAGUUAUCGUCUUGGGAUGAUUAAUCACCUCUCUGAUGGCUUUUCUUGGACACUUCUUAGAUGUAUUCAUGAAGAUCAAAAAGUCCACUCCGUUCAAAGGUUUGCCCUGAAGGCAGAAUGCAACUCAAAAUUGGCUGUUGCUCUGUCUAUCAUGGAAGAAUGCUUUCAGUCUAUGGUUGAUCCCAGAACAGGGGUAGAUAUGAUACCGCAUCUCUUGUACAAUCGGGGGUCGGAUUUUGCACGCCUUAAUUUUUUUGGAUUUUACUCUUUUGUCUUGGAGAAGGAUGAUGUGCUGAUAUCAGUAGCAUCAAUCAGAAUACAUGGGGUAACAGUUGCAGAGAUGCCUCUUAUUGCAACUUGUAGCAACUAUCGUCGUCAAGGAAUGUGUCGACGCCUUAUGACUGUUAUUGAAGAGAUGCUCAUCUCAUUCAAGGUGGAAAAGAUUGUGAUAACUGCCAUUCCAGAUUUAAUGGAAACAUGGACCAAGGGUUUUGGCUUCACACCAGUGGAUGAUGAUGAAAGAAAAACACUUAAUAAGAUCAACUUGAUGGUGUUUCCUGGAACAAUAUUGCUUAAGAAGCCCUUAUAUCAAUUGCAAAAAGCAGAAUUACAAUCAGAAGCAGGUGCUACAUCAUCUUUGCAACAAGCUAAUUCAACUGAACAUUUGAGACAUGACGAUCAAUUGGCCAAAUCUUUACAGCCUCUUGAUGAUAACUGCUUUACAAAUGACGCCUGUGCCAAAAUAGAGACUCAGCUUGUAGGAGACAAGAAUCUGCCAGAAUUGGAAAUUGAUGGUACAACGGAAAUCAUUGAUGCUGAUGGAGAAGACCCUUGUGAUAAACCAGCCUUAAGAGUUAUAGAAACUACUAGAUUAGGUAUCCGUACGAAGGGACAGCCGAUAGAUGAAUCUAUACAGUGCUCUGACCGUAAUUGUUGCUCCAAAGAAGUUGGGACUUCACAAGAAUGCCCUGCUGCAGAAAUUAACUCUGCAUCCCAAUUUGAAGGUUGCUGUGGUGACAAUGAAGCUGACAUUGUAACAAAAGUGGAGUCUGUGCAGCAAUCUGAUUGUCUUUAUCUAGAAGACCAGGAAGUAGACGAGAAGAAUAUAACAGUAGUUGAGCGGCAAGAAAGUAGUUUGCAGGAACAAUUUUCAGAGGUGUCCUGUGAAGAGCCAUAUUCAGCAUUAGUUUCUAGUGUUAAGACCUCUUGUAUUUGUAAUGAGACACAGGCUUCUGUAGAGGAACAGCUGCAGAAGAAAGACUGUGAGUUGGAUGUUAAGCAGCAAUAAAAUUGUAAAUUGGGGAAAUCACUCAUGCUUUAUUCUCUUUCAGUUUUGGUUGGCCACAGUUAUGGCAAAGAUUCCAACUUCAGUUACUCAUGCCACAAUACCAUUGGAAAAGAAACAGCAAAGAAGUAAAUUUGAAAAGGUGAGUAAAUAUCC